UUGUUGCCUGGUGUCACAGAAAGGUGUCAUGUGACAAUCCUUCACGCGAGCAGAAACACUAGAGAGCACGAACAGAUCAGUUUGGAAUAUUUUUCUUUUUUUAAACAAAUAUAUUUUAGAGGGUUGAAAAUCCUGCGUAUAUAAGUUUGGCCAAGGAGAAAGCGGAAGUGUGAGUGAGCUCGAGCUGCGAUGGGGUGCUGUUACAGCAGCGAGAGCGAAACAGCCGAGCAGGAAGGAGAGGAGCGCAAGCCACUGAUCCCGCACCCGAAUCCGGACAGCAAACCGCCGAACGGGACGGAGAGGAACCCGGCCAACAUCUCGUCCACCCGGACAGAUGAGCAAGCUCUGCUGUCAAUAAUCAACAAGACCGCGCAGAACAUUAUCGAUGUAUCAGCUGCUGACUCACAGGGGAUGGAGCAACAUGAGUACAUGGACAAAGCUAGACAAUACAGCACGAAGCUGGCGGUGUUGAGCAGUACUCUAAGUCAGAAGAAGCCGCCUCCUUUGCCCUCUCUCACGUCUCAACCUCACCAAGUGCUCGCCAGCGAACUGGUGCCCAACUCCGACAUCCAACAGGUGUGUAAGGUUGCAGCGUACACCUACAGUGCCAUCUCGCAGAUCAAGGUGGACGCCAAAGAAGAGCUGGUGGUGCAGUUUGCUAUUCCAUGAUCCUUUUUCUCUCUUUCUUAUUCUCUCUCUCUUCCCCAUCUCUCCAUGCCCAGCUAUCUAAUUUUCAGCUUUCUAAUCAAACACAGGGAUAAUAAGCCCCGCCUCUCGCUUGUCCUUCAUCCAAUCAGAUACACAGUUUCCUCCUGAGAAUGCUAAAAGUUUUUUUUUUUUUUUUUUUUUCCCCCUCUCUCCCCUUUUCAACAUCUAAUCAUAAAGUUAAACCGUAGCGAUCCAGGCUGUCAAGGUUCAGUGAAGUAAGAAUUGCAACACCUUCCUUCAUGAUUGUUUGCUAACACUUCCCACUGAUCGAGCACGGCGAUGAUGAUGAUUAGCUCCACCUCUGAUCGGCUGGGUCGAGUAUGGGUUUUAUCAGUCGAGUCCCCAAUUUCUUUUUUUUCUUUUUUUUUUUGCAUGACGACUAAAAGAAGGGGAUAGUCGCGUUAUUUUGUCCAGUUCUCCCCCCGUGACACUGUGUAUAUAAAAGGCUGAUGCUAUAAGCCUAAUCUAGCACCGGGUUUCUUUCAAGAUUCUUCGAUUUAAAGCUGAAAUCCAAAUAUCCCUUACGUGUUUUUUUUUUUUUUUUUUUUUUUUUUUAAAUUUUUUUAUCACUUUGGUUUGGUAAAAACAAAAAAAGCAUAACAGGAACUCGAUGCACUCCACAGCUGCGCUUCUUUAAUAACUUUUAAUAAACCCAGCAGGUCUAAAGCACCCAUGGUGUGUUUGUGCGUGUGUGUUGCCAUUUAAAAAAAUUUCUUCCAGACUUCAUUCUGUUUGUUUGGAGUUAGAGAAUCACAUGACAUGAUGUCAUCUCCGUGCAAGUCAUUAGCAUUUCUUUCUCCCUGGACAGGAUUCGUCACACGUGUGCAUGCCUAACUGCUUUGCCGUUUAGUAGAAAUGGAAAGGAGGUAAGGACACAGAGAAGGCGAGGUCAUAUUUACUAAGGUUAAUGAGUUGAAACAAAGAGGAGAAAGCUGAUUGGAUAUUGGCUGGUAAUUAUAUUUUUAUUUGUUAUUAUUUGUUUUAUUUUUUUAUUUUCUGGAAUAUUCUAAAAGAGCAAAGGAAUAGAGGUGGAGCCUUUUCUUUGGAACAUGAUCUGAUGCAUUUUGUUCUUCAUGCGUUUUGCCAAUUUCAUACAUUUUCAUAGAUUAAUAAAUGUUUUUUUUUUUUUUUUAAUUAAAUUACUUUAAAACUGUUGAACAGCAGAGAUGAGUUUACAGAGAGAGAAGGAGGCGUGGCUGAAAUAGACUAUAUGAUGUAUAUGAUUUUCGGCAUGUGUAUGCCUUAAACGCGAGCGUGUUUCUGAGUGAAUGCGUGAGAGAGAGAAUAUACAAUGCAGUGUGUGUGUGCUGUUUGCGAGGAGAAGUGUGCUUUACACGACAUCAGACAUAGCCGAUGUUUUUAUCCAAAAUAGUGGAAGCACUUUUACCCCUGCCUGAUCAGUCGAUAUUGGGCACGUGCCAAUAAUGCGUAUUAAAAUUCUAAUAACUGGCUUAGAUUAUAACCUGCCAUUCUUUAGGCACACAGGAGUACUAAGGCAGACCAGACUGCAUUCUCCUCACCGUAAUCACGGAUAACUGCUAAUUAGGUCUUUUAUUACGAUUAUUAUCACGUGCCUAAUUCCCAUAAAGUACAUCACAGACUGAUGGACUUCCUUUCCAUAAUCAAAAACUGUUUGUAAUUAUUUAUUGUUUUUCCUUUUAAUGUAUUUAUGUGGGCUCACACGUGUGUGUGUGUGUGUGUGUGUAUAAUCUGUCACAAUGUCACUAAAGGGACUGAACUCGCUGUAGCAAUUGUGUUUUGUUAUUUUGCUUUUUUUUUUUUCGCUCAUGCCUCUUUGGUUCGUUACCUACACGUGACUCACAGUGUUCAUUUUUUUUCCUAGCCUAGAACCAACCAAAUUGUUUGAUUUAAACACUGUUAAUACCUGCAUAUUAUUAUUUUUGUUUUGUUCUUGAAUGAAAUGAAGCAUUAAAGACUUGUAUAAAGAA